UGAUAAGUUGUUGAGUCUCUCACCGCUGCAGAAGAGGCGUGACUACCGAGAAACAUAUGAGGAAGAAAAGAGCUCGGGCGGAUAAUAUCCAGCCAGUUUCCACUCCGAGAUUAAUUGCGGUGUCAGGUUUGCGGAAGACACCAAAAACGAUACGCCAGUGUGUGCUCCGUUCUGGACCACUGUGUGGCUGUCUGUAUCUGGAAUGUAAAUUCCCAUCCUCCGGUACUCCAGAGAUCACCAUGGCAACAAUCGUCAUGGAGCGGAUUGGCCGGCUCUUCAUUAAUCUGCAGCAGGUGGGGCGAGUUCCCCAGAUGCUCACCGGGGCCUUACCCUCCACGGCCGACACCCUGCGUGACACGGAGGUGCCCUGGUUUUUCCGUGAACGCUACAUUCACUCUGGCUACCGGCCGCUGCACCAGAACUGGCGCUACUACUUCCUUUCGCUCUUACAGCGGCACAACGAGACGGUAAAUGUUUGGACGCACCUAAUCGGCACGCUAGUGGUCCUUGCGACAACCGCACGGUUUACCGAAACCAUCGAUUUCAUGAACGACCCUCAUUCCUGGCCGCUUCUCAUCCUGCUCUUGUCCUCAGCGAGCUACUUAUCCUUCAGCACCGUGGCCCACCUGUUGGCAGCCAGAUCUGAACUCUGCCAUUACGGCUUCUUCUACCUGGAUUACGUGGGAGUGGCGCUGUAUCAGUAUGGCAGUGCAGUGGUGCACUACUACUACGCCAUUGAGGAAAGCUGGCACGCACGUGUACGAGGUUGUUUCAUGCCUAUUGCUAGCUUCUUGUGCUGCCUGUCUUGCUUCGGCUGCUGUUAUGGGAAAUAUCGCAAUUACAGCCUUCCUCCCUGGGUUCGCAAAGUAGGCCAAGUGGUGCCUUCAGCCGCCGCUUACGGUUGGGACACCAGCCCUGUGUUUCAUCGCUUUAUCGUCUGGUUUCUGUCCUGGACGAGGGGCGACUUCAGAAGCAGUCCUGCUCUGCUCUUUCACUUCGGCCAGGUGGCGUUUUUUCUUUCCAGCGCUUUUUUCUUCACUCAGCCUGUUCCCGAGCGCUGGUUCCCAGGUCACUGUGACUUCUUAGGUCAGGGUCAUCAGGUAUUCCACGUGCUGAUGGCUCUGUGUACAGUCUGCCAGAUCCACGCUUCAUAUUUGGACUACUUCAACCGCAGAGACCUCUAUGUGAAGCUCCAUGCUGAUGGCGAGGCAUUGUUCUUUGUUGCGCUCUUCAUUUUAACACUCAUCACCUCUGCUCUGAUAGCCUUGUAUAUGCUGGCGAAAGUAAAACGAUUACAGGGAAAAACUAAGUAAAGAAUAGGAAUAGUUUGUCCUGUGCUUUAAUGGUGGAUGGUCAGCGGAGUAUUAGAGUUGAUGAAAUCUGAUGAAAAGUUUAUUCAAGCCUGCCUAGCCUUUAUCUAGCAAUGUUUCCUGAUCAGUAUUCUUGUUAGUCCUGUAACAACAUUCCUAUCAUCACAUUCGAUUUUACAGUGUUAGGUUAGGGAUCUGUGUUUGUAUGUGCUGUUCAAGGACUGAACUUUGAGCAAAUGCUUAAUGUUCAAACCGAUCAUCAUCUGUGUUAGUAUUUUUGAAUGAGUUUUUAAUGAAAAUGCUUCUGUUUAAAGUGAUAGUUCACUCAAAAAUCUACUUGUGUCAUCAUUCACUUUCUCUCUUCUAGAGAAGAACAAAAAGCAGGUACUUUGAAGAAUGUUGGUAAUCAAACAGUUUUGACUUUUGUUUCCAUAAAAUAAAUUAAGUCACAUAGGUUUAAAGAUAUUGGAGAGGAAAUGAUGACAGGAUUUUCAUUUUUGGGCGAACUAUCCCUUUGAUGUACCUUACUUCAGUUACACACCAGCCAGCAAGUAAACACUAAAGAAACCAGCGUGCAGUAUUGAGAAAAUAUAGAAAUAUUUAGGUGUUUAGAUGUCUGAUUUUACUUGAAGUGUGUAAAUUCUAAAUUGUAGAUUGUGUUAUGAAUGCUGUAUUUUUUAUACAAACAAAAGAACAAUGUUAUAUUGUCAGUCAUCAUAUUGGCUUUGAGGUAGUUAAAAAAAAUGACAAUCAGUCUUCAUUUCUAUAUCAAUGAUUCAGAGAUGUUUAUUCUGUCUAUGUCUCCUAAAGAGGGACAGUAUUACCAGUGCGAUCAUGAUCACUGCUGUGCCUUCAUGAGCAUUUUAGAUGAACCUCAGUAAUUCAUAUCCCACACAUCCCGUGUAGCUGAUAACUAACACUAGCACUAUAUUACUGAGAUUGCUUGUAUUUGCUUUGAAUGACCAGUGCACUGAUUUUCUUUCUAGUGUUAUUGCACUUAACCAAACAAACCAGUGCCUACUUACAGUAUAAACCGGGCUCACUUACAGUAUGUGGAUGUUAAAGGAAAAGGCAAUGAAGAAAUACAUUUAUGCUUUCACCAGGUCAACAUUGUUCUCUUUUUCCAAGUAUCCUUCUUCCUAGUAUUACUCUAUUUUUAAUGUUCAUGUAAAAGGGACACUCAGCAAUUGCCUGUUCUGAUUAGGAUCCUUAAUUAAAGCACUAAAUAAUGUUCCACAGUGUAUAAUGACUGCUACUGUUUUAACAGUAUAUGAAUUACAAUGCAGUGAUUCAAAAAAUAAAUACGUAAAACCAA